AAAGAAGUAUAAAAACCACGCCCUAACCAUGAGUGACAGUGAAGGAAGGAGCAUACUCAUGGUCAUAUCCUUUUUGGCAUUAGCCGGUGUGGCCAAUGGAAUGCUAGGGCUCCAAUCACAAAUGCAUUGGCUUGUUGAUGUGAUGGAGUCCAUCAUUGACAACCCAUUAGCGACUGCCGGGGAUGUGGACAGCUACGUGAACGAGCUCCGUAGCCUGGCGGACGUGCAGAUCGCAAAGCAUUUCUCAGCCUCGGCCCAGCGUUAUAAGAGAGACCUGGAUAAGACUUCGGCCAAUGUGACGAAUAAAGGACUUUGCGUUCAACAUGUCGAAUCCUUCAGUGUUCAAUUCCUCUCGGUUCGAAGGCGUCGCGGCGUCACAGAUCUUCCGAACCCAAGACAAAGACUACUGGGUGUUAGGUUAUUCUGGUAACGCGUCGCAGGUGUUAAUGGAGAGAACAAGACCUGGAAAUGUCCUUUCACUCGUGGCAGAAUUCACAUUGUCUGUGGUGUAUGCAAAGCUGG